AUGGAAAAAUUAAUAUUUACAAUUUUACAGAGAGGUGUUGAUCCUCAUUUCGUUCAACUUUUUAAUGCUGUUAUCACAAACAAUAGAUUUAAGAAACAAGAGAUGACAAUGAAAGCAAUUACAUUGGAAGCAAUCAGAAUGGAGCCAAACUUUGUUGAUUUAUAUUUCAUUCUUGGUACUUGUUUGAAAGUUGGCGAGUCUGUUCAGCUGCCCGAUGGUGAUAUAUUGGACCGUGAAAAACUGUUUUUAAAGGUGAUACAUUCCAAUCCAAACAAGUGGAAUGCUUAUUACUAUCUGGCAAUAGAGGAGGAAGGGAAUGAAUCGGUCAGAUUGCUCAAUGGCAAGAAAAUGACAAAGUUGCAACUACUCUUGAAAGCAGUGGAAUUGAAUCCCACCAAUGAAGAACUCUACAUUUCGAUGCUUUCGUUCCUCGAGAAAAAAGACCUUGAAAAUGAAUCGGUGACUCUCAACAGCGGCGAAACACUCAGCUACAAGCAGAUUCUUUUGAAAAUCAUCUCAUUGAGUCCGCGAAUCGCCGGUAUAUACGUUGCUCUUGCUGCGAAACUCAAAGACAAUUUCGAAAGCAUCACACUGCUCUCCGGUGAGAAGAUGGAUAAACAAAAGCUGAGUCUGCAUGCCAUCAAACUCGAGCCUGACGAAUCGGAUUUCUACUUGUUCCUUGCCGACAGUAUCGAAGGAAGUCAUGCUACAGUCAAGUUGCCAAAUGGAAGAACGAUGAACAAGAAACAACUGUAUUUGCAAGCGAUCAAGUUGAAUCCAAUCAGUGAGAGUGCAUACAUCAUGUUGGCCAAGGAGAUGAAGAAGCACGAUACCAUCAGAUUGCCAUUCGGUGAGAUGGCGACAAAGAGACAUCUCUACUUGAAAGCUCUCAACAUCAAUCCAACACACGAUUGUAUCUACUACUAUAUUCUUGAGGAUUUUCAAGAUUGGGAAACCAUUACACUUAUCUCUGGUCGUGUAAUGACUAAGCAAGCAAUCUAUCUCCAGUUGGUCGAUAUCAAUCCUGGCAAAGCUAUAAACUAUUUAUAUCUUUCACAGACACUUCAUUCCGACACUGAAACCAUAAUGUUGCCAAGUGGUGAGCAUAUGACAAAGAGACAACUUAUGCAAACAUUUGAAUUCGUACAAGAUAGAUAUCAUCAAAUAACACAAGGAAUCAAUCCUACAGAUCCAAGUCAACAAUCAAAAUUUCUAGAUGCUUUCAAUAACUAUGUAGCAAUUGAUAAAAAUAGGAAUCAUAUGAAAGACAUGGCAGUAAAAGCGAUUGAAUUAAGUCCGAAUGAAACUGAAACAUAUCUUGCGCUGUUGUUGACACUGAAACCUGGUGAAACAGCGAAGCUGCAUACCGGCCAAGUAGUGGAUGCCAAGCAAUUGUAUAUAAAGAUUAUAGAGUUGGAUCCGAAUCUUUUGGAUGCAUACGUUAAUCUCAAUGAAUGCAUGGGAAACUACGAAUCUGUAACAAUCAAUGGCAAGCGGCUUUCAAAGAUGCAGGUCAUAGCGAAGUGCGUAGAGUUGAAUCCAAACGAAUCCGAUUACUAUGCGCAUUUAACUACCUACCUACAAGAGACAAACAACGUUGAAGGAUACAUAACUCUAAACAAUGAAAGACCUGUAUCUUCACACGAUAAAGCUGAAGGGAAACUUCAAAGAUGCUCACACCAACCUGGCGAGAUCGAUGGACAGCAACGAAACGGUAAUGCUUCCCAACAGCUAUUACAAUUCACCGGUGAAUUCAGUGCAAAUCUAUAUGCAUGCACUCAAAGCCAAUCCAGAGGACCACUAUGCCUACGUCAGUCUGAUAUCUUCUCUGGAAAAUGA